AUGGGCAGUGAAGCGAUCGAAUUAGCUCAUACACAAGACACAAUACAGGAAACGGCCAGCGAAAAAGAGAGGAGUCGGGUCUCGGCUGCGACAACUUCGAAAAACGUCGCAACUGAAUUGGCUACCGAAGAAACUGAGAAGGAGGACAAAGCUGAGGGUGUGGAGGUGAAGAGAAAAUCUGACGACGAACACAAGGGAUUAUCCGAACCAUCCGAUGCAGACAAACGAAAAGCUGAAAUUGAUAAGGACUUGAAACGAGAACGAAAGAGCGAUGAUGCGAAAGAAUUGGGUAAAACUCCUAAACUCCAUUCACCAAGUACACGUGACGUAGAACUGAGACGAAGAAAAAGUGAUUCUGAAGGCGUUGCUCGAGGAAGAAGUAGAGCCCAAACACCUAAGGUAAGAGUCUAG